GACAGCACUUCAUUGUACGCAAUAUUAUAAUGCUCCUCCUCCUCUUCGUCGUGGUCCUCCUCUUCCCACCAUCAUCUCUCCUCUGCCAGAGUGAUCUAGGGUCACGAGAAUGGGGAAACACCUUCCAAGGAAAAAAACACAUGCACACAUGCACUUUGACAACACACAUACACACAUACACACACAGUUCCUCCCUGAGUGCUGAAUGGUCAGAGCCGCACAUGCUGCAUGAAAGAAACUUGGAUAGAAACAUUUCUUCAAUCUAAAGAAGCCCUCUCCUCCAGAUGGUCAUCCAUCUCUGGAGGGUUUUCGGCGUAAAUAAAAGGCGGGAAAGAAAAACGCUUUCCUGGCUGUACAGACUGUUGCGUUCAUGAACAGGCAUCUUUUUGGUAGAUGGAGAAAGAAAAAGACCCAAAGUCCUUGACUCCUGAAUGCUGAUGACACAUCAAAGAGAAGGAGGGCAAGGAUACAGAUGAGAGGACAUUUCUCCAUCAUCUGAAGUGUUGAGCUUUGACAUGGGAUGAGCUCCUGACAUCAGCGACUUGAGCUGUGCCCCUGUGUAUCCUGGCUGAGAGCCCCCCCAGAUCCUGGCCUCUGAGCUCUGACCCCUAACCCUGGAGGGGAGGGGGGGUCGACAGGGAGAAAAUGCGGGGCACCACCCUCUUUGCCCUGCUGACUGGGGUGAUGCUGUACCUGGUGAUGGGUGCGCUUGUAUUCCGAACCCUGGAGGCCCCUGGUGAGGAUUUGGCAUUCAAAAAACUGCUGGUUACCACGCAAAACUUCUUGGAGAAUAAAUCCUGCGUCACUGAGGUGGAAUUCCACAACCUUGUGAAGGAAGUAGCGAAGGCAGUGGGGGCAGGCCUGGAUAUGAACAACCUUCCUGCCAACUUCACCAACCGCUGGGACAUGGCCUCUGCUUUCUUCUUCUGUGGUACUAUCAUUACCACCAUAGGUUUUGGGAACCUGUCCCCUCGGACGUGGUAUGGCCAGUUGUUCUGCGUGUGCUACGCUCUGGUGGGCAUUCCCAUGUUUGGAAUACUGCUCGCCGGCGUGGGUGACCACAUGGGCACAGUGCUGCGAAGAGCUGUGGCCAAAGUUGAGACCCUCUUUCUGAAACGGAAGGUCAGGCCGACCACUGUGCGUGUGAUCUCAGCAGUUCUCUCCAUCCUGAUUGGUUGUCUGAUCUUUCUGGCAGUUCCUACAGUUGUGUUUCAGAAAGUGGAGAACUGGACCUUUCUGCAGUCCCUCUAUUUUGUUGUCAUUACCCUCACCACUGUUGGAUUUGGAGACUUUGUACCAGCUGGUGGUCGGACUGGUGGUACACUCUUUAAGCCUCUUGUGUGGUUGUGGAUCGUGUUUGGUCUGGCCUACUUUGCCUCCAUCCUUACAAUGAUUGGAAACUGGCUGAGGGUGCUGUCUAAGAGGACGCGUGCUGAGAUGGAGGAGUUGAGGGCCCACGCAACAGACUGGACCCAGAACAUCCAGAACAUGUCCAUGGACUUCCGCAUCCCAAAUCCUCUGGAGUUCAAUGACCCAUUCCUCCUGCAGCGCCGGCGCUGGAAACGCAGCGAGCGUCGCCGCAUCCGUCGUGGUGCUCAGGGUACUCUGGGACACUGGGUCAGAGGAGGAUCUGAGAACGGACAUCUGCCGAACCGCUGGGCUGCCCACACUAACUCUAUGAGCCAGCUGGAGGCUCAUUCCUCUCUUGAAAGGGCGGCAGUGGCCAAGGCCAGACCGCGGGUCAGUGCUGAUGGAGUGGUCUGUAGAGCAGGGCCUGGUAAGAGGGUUGACCCCACUGUGGGUCUGCAGGUGGAGGGCAGGUUGUUUCCUCAUCAUCAUCUGGCCCGCUCAUUCUCCCUCCCCGUGGCCCCCUCCACCUUAGAGCUGGACUCAGCAAGUACAGCCAUGCAGGGAGGAUCCUUUUCUGGAUCCGAGUCUUCCUUCGACUCCAGAUCUGACUGCUCCUCAGUCUCCUCGUCCUUCUUGGGACUCCACAGGUUCCAGCCCUGUUGUGCAGUGCAGGAGGAGGGAGAAAUGAGAGCUGCUGACAUUAGUGUAGUUCAAGAGAAAAACAAAGUGAUUCCAGCAGUGGUGUGUGAACCUGUAGCAAACAAAACCUUCCAACACCCACCUGCCCUUUGUUUUCCUCGUCACUCCUCAUCCCCUCAUCCCCCGUUUCUUCCCUCUUCUACCAACCCGAUACUAUUUCCCUCGUUUCCCCUGAACAUUGCCUCCUCAUCUGGCUGCCAACUGCUGGAUUUCUUUGGAGAGAACCUGGCGUACAUUGACGAGUCUUCAGACACGCUGAGCGAUCGCGUCCAGUCAGCAACAACAGAGGAGAAGAGGAGACGGCCACGAAAGCCCAAGAGGAGGAGCAUGAGGAGGCAGCUGUCGCACAAGCUGAGCCCUGCGCAGCUGAGGAGGCCCAGCAGUGACACACAGCCUCCGUCAAUUCCUCCCACACCACCUCCAGACUCUUCUCUUUCAGACCUGCCCCAAUCUGAGGACCAGACCUGCUCAACGCAGAGCCAGAGUUAAGAGGGGACAGAACAGACUAAUAUAGAACCAGGACUAGAACAUUGAUAACUUGAGGACAAGUUUUUGUCCUCAAAUAUCAACAUGAACCAACACACACACCAGACUGAAAAACUUCAUCAUUCACAGAGAUUCUCUUCAGAUUUUGAAUGAGCAGAAGUGAUUAAGAGUUCAAAGCUACAGUUGCUGCUUUGUGAGUCAAAGGCACAAUGUCAUGAAAGCUUUUAUAGUUCUGUCACCUUACCACACAUAAAUGAUACAAAUAAACAGUAAGAUAAACCUGCACUUUGUGAUUAAACUGCUUCAGUGUUUGAUUACCACAA